GGCACUUGGGUACAUUGGGCCCCGCGAGAGGCCGAUCCUCCGAGCGCUACAACACCACAGCAUCCUACGAUACACCACACCGGCUGAAACUGACGUUUCACACUGAGCAAGCGUGUUUGCGGAGCGCGCUAUCCCGUAGGUGGUGGUGUGCGUGAGUUAGUUAGAACGUGAGCAGCAGCCACGCCGUGUCGUGUCGUCUUUGGUCGCUUUCCUCCUGCUUAUCGGGGCGAAGGGUGCGCGAAUACGAGAUCGGUUGGCCGUUAGCCAGUUCAAAUCAGCCACUCGGACGGAUCGGUUCGUGCGGAUUACACUGCUUGCGCACUACACUUCGCUGGGUUGGGUUCGGAUUACAGGCGCGCACAGCCAUCGGUACACUGCAAACGCCACCCGAGGGUGAGCGAGGGCUAGCAGGUUGACCUGCGCAGGAUAGGUGUGCAAAUUGAAUGUUGAGGUGCGUGGUUUUGUUUACUUGCUAACAAAAAAAGAAAGGUUGUGUGCGUUUGUGUGUGUGUGUGGUUUGUAUCUACCUCUGCUAUUACAUACCGAUAAAAAAAGAAGUGAGUGUCAAGGAAGAGGCCAACGAUCGACGGCUUGGAAGGAGUGCUUGGAUUAAAGAUCCAAUACAUUGUCGAUUGAACAGUUUUGUCUCAAUUAAACCGCGUGUGUCUGUCCUACCGUGUUUGAAAAUACUGCCUGCUCGAGCUGGCGCCACCUGCCUGUGAACGCGCACCGUAAUCACGCAAAUCAUCGGACUCAAGGCGUCAUGGCAGCUGCUUGAUUCCACGAAUGGCAAUAACGGCCAUCGUACGAGGGCGAACCCACUGUCGACGACGACGAUGAUAAUGAUGAUGCUGUCGAUGAUCGUGAUGGAGCUUCGCGGGCCCACGUCCAGCCCGUCAGUGUAGUCAGAGUGUUUCGCCAUAGCGCACCGUACUGUUGCCGCCGGUGUCGCACCCGCACCCGGGCAAGCGGAAAUAGGAGCCGCGGCUUUCAAGUUGGCCAAGUUGGUUAGCUGCCGGAACGUCACGCGCUAGCCGUAACGCGAUACGGCUGCGAACGAAGAUCUAUUUUUGGGGUGAAAAUCUAAACCAAAAAAGGGUCUUAACACGGUGGGUAAGCGAAUGUGGCGUUUGUCAAUGAGUGUUUAAAAUUCUGCUGUCCUGCGUUCUUGUACGUUCCUGCACUGAUUCCAUCUUCAAAAGGGGAAUGGAAAGGGAGAAGAGUGCCCGCAGGGAGUAGGAUCGCUGUCACGCGAGUCACGCGCCAUACGUGAUAUCUUCAUCAGUGCGCGAUUGAAGAAUUUAUAAUCUCCGCCAGCGAGGUUCAGUUCAGCUGCGCCUCGCAGCUCAUCUCCAAAGCCGGUCAUAUCUGAUGCGGAUCUUUAUCGUAUGCGCAAGUGGCAUGAACGGGUUCGUCGAACAAGUGUGCAAGUGAGAUACUGUAGCUGCUUAGAACGUGCAGAAGUGGUGCAGAGCGACGGGAAUUAAGCUGUGCUCGGGUAACUGUGUCACCGCGUCGGUGCAGGCCAUACCUCUGCUCAGAAGCUCCAAAGUUGAAGACAGGCUGAUGCUCAAAAGGCAUGUGAAACAGAUCGCGAAGCAAAGUUUAGGUACACCCGUGCCCGUUGCUGCUGACCGGGUCUCCCGCGUCUCGGGCACUCGGGAUCGUGCCAAUCGAGGCAUUACGCGGAGUUUUGCAUAUCCAUUACGGCGGUACGACCGAGCCGCAAUUAGGUUUGACACCCGGCCUCGGGUAAUUGCAGCCCAAACACACGAAACACCGCUCGUACGUCAGUGCCGGACGUCGACCAAGCGUCCAAGUCGUCAUCGGAGGGCAUCGGGGUUUUAUGGCGCGCGUGACGCCGACCCUCGGUGACGCCGUCGCCGCCGCCGCCGUACCGCGCACUGGGAAACGUGUGCAACCUCACCGACCGUUCAUGAUCGUGCCCCGUGCAACUCGACGGUAGCUCGCCAAGCUCAUUAAUGUUGGGCGUCGUAUUGAUCGUACCGGGCCGAUGAGGCGAAACUGAAGAGUCUUACCGGCAUCGGCAGAUGCGCUCAGUGCCCAGUUGCAGCUUGUCCAGUGCGGACCGCAUAGUGUCUUUUUCGUGUGGCUUUUGACAACAGUGACAAGCUAGCGGCAAGUUACCUUCCCGCUUGAGUGUAACCUGGUGCGUGCGGGCAGUACGAUUUUGCUAAGCUAGCUCGGCGAUAGGGCGCAGUGGUGAUUUUAUUUUAUUAUUCCUAUCAUUUCGUUCGCUUCCACCGCUUAUUGCCGCCACAACAUUCAUCGCGGGAUUGGCGCGUACAUCCAGCGCCCAAAACCCAGCGCCGCCCUUUUUACACACUGUGUUCCCCACUUCCGGUUAGUGAUGAUCAGUUUUGAUUGAAUCAAUGCGAGAGCACCCAACGCGAUCUCUCGUUUGUGUGGUUCGUUUGCGUGUUGUUGGUUGAUUCGUAUAUUUUUUUUCUCUUUCGGUGCGCAUUAGUGUGAUCGGGUUGAUUAUUCCGUACGUUUGUUUGCUUUUCUGGUGUGUGUGUUCUUGAAUGAUUUUGUGUGUUACUGAACGGCUUACAAUGCGCCGUUUGUGGUGAGUGAUACGUUUGUGGUGUGGUUCAAUUCGUGUGCACAUUAGUGCGAUCGUAAAAUCGCGAUCAUUUAGUGGAGGAAGCAAGAAGAAAAAAAAAAACAACCCCGUAGCUCGUUUGCUACAUUAGUGAGCCGAUCCUACAGCGAAAGAUAUAAAAUCCCGGAGCAUUAGAAUAAACACGGUACGUCAGCAUGUCGGUGCGCUGGGAGUCGCCUGAUGUUGGCCGCCGGCGGCGUUCCGGCGGCAGUGUGGAUGAGUGCGAAAUGUUGAUGCGGCCAGACGCUGCCACCGCGGUUGGCGACGAUGGCGAUCAUUCGCGAUCGCGGAACGGUAGUGCUAGUGGCCGGCAGGCGGAGCAUGCGGAUCGGAUCGCUUCCGGUGGUCGCUGUCCGGUGGCACGGGUGGACGUCGAGUUGAGCGAUGAAGAGGAUCCUGUGCCGGGGCGGGAUGAUACCGACGAGAUAGUGGUGUUGGAUGAGGCGAGUGAACGACUGCUGGGGAAAUGGAAUGGAAACGCCAAAGUGAAGAUGUUCAAAUCUAAAACCACCUCCCCGAACGAACCGUCCCCACCGCCCGGCCAAUCCGAACAGGACUGCAGCGGGAUGCACAUCACGCUGAACCCCUCGUCACGGGCCACCAGUCCCAGCGCGAUGCUGGGAAAAGCGAGCGCCACCCCGUCACCGACACCCUCCGCAACGCACCCGCUCGGCCACCCCAAUCCGCUCAAAAGCAUCAACAACAACAACAGCAGCAACAGCAACAACAAGGCCAGCAGUAAACCGUGCGGCAAGGGCGGGGGCAAUGCCGGUGACGGGGGCGGCUCCAAGGGAGCGAAAAAGCGUAAAAGCUCGGACGAGGAAAGCGACAUCAUCGGCGAACUGAUCGGGGACUAUGGCAAGUGGCAGUUCGUGAUGACGUUUCUGCUCUCCCUGUUCCAGGUGCCGAACACGUUCCACAUCUACUCACCAACGUUUCAGGCAGCAGAUAAAAGCUUCUGGUGCCGACGGCCGACACAUCUAGACGACGUCCCCAUCGACCGGUGGCGGAACGUGUCGAGUUCGGUGGAAAAUUGCAGGAUGCUGAAUUACGACUGGAAUGCGCUAACGAGCGCCCAGCUGUCGAUGAGUAAUUUUUCACUGCCGAAGAACGUAACCGACACGGUUGCAUGCAGCGCCUGGGAGUUUGACGUGCACGACAACCUCGGCAACACCUGGUCCUCGGAGUGGAAUCUCGUCUGCGACAAGGAGUACCUGAAGAAUGUGGCCGAGAUGUUUUUCCUCGCCGGGGUUGCAACUGGCGGCAUCACGUCCGGCGUGCUUUCGGACAAGUUUGGCCGCAAAAUGAUGCUCUUCAUCUCUGCCGUCCUGCAGUCGAUAUUUGGAUUAGCCCUCUACUUUGCCGAUUCGUUCGAGUUUUAUCUGGUGCUGCGUGCGCUACUGGGCAUUGUGUCGGUGUCGGUGACAUACGCUGGGCUCAUUCUGGCGAUCGAGUACGUGGACGGCAAGUGGCGAACGAUCGCCGGCAUGUACAAUCUGUUCCCGCUGCCCGUGUCGUACAUCAUGAUCUCCGGCAUUGCGUACCUCACGCAGGACUAUCGAAAUCUGCAGCUGUGCAUCGGGCUGCCGGGUGUGUUUCUGUGCCUAUUAUGGUUCGUCCUGCCCGAAUCGCCCCGCUGGCUGCUGUGCAAAGGUCGCAUUACCGAGGUGAAGGAAGUCAUCCGCAAGGCGGCCGCGUUCAACAAGCGCCCGCUACCGGACAAUUUGGACAAGCUGCUGAAGCCACCGGUGGACGAGGAGGAAACGGCAGCCGGUGUUUGCGAGCUGUUCCGAUCAAAGUAUCUUCGCCUGGUGACCUUUUGCUUCCUGUGCAUCUGGUUCACGAUGAAUCUCGUCUACUAUGGAUUGGUACUGAACAUGAACAGCUUCGGCGGCAACAUUUAUCUCAACUCGGCACUGGCUGGUUUGGUGGAGAUUCCCGCCAUCGCACUGGCCAUGUAUAUCAUCAAUCGAACCGGCAAAAAGUGGCUCUUCUGUGCGACGUUCUUUGCAGCCGCACUUGCUUGCCUGUGUGCCGCCAUCGUCGAGGGUAAACCGGAGUUGUUGGCGAUGAAAAUCACGUUCGUGAUGAUCGGUAAAUUCACCAUCAGCGCCGGUAACACCAUUAUGCCGGUGUACACGGCUGAACUGUAUCCGACCGCAAUCCGUAACGUCGGUGUCGGAGCCUGUAACCUGGCGGCUGGUUUUGCGCUCGUCCUGACACCAUACUUAUCGUUGCUGACAAAAAUCGAAGUCCAUCUGUUGAUGACGCUACUAACGGCCUGGUGUAUCUUUGGCGCAAUUGUGAUCAUUUUCCUGCCGGAAGCAAUGCAGCACCACGAGCACGAGGAGCAUGAUGAGGAUAAAGAAAUCGAUACACAGGUACCAGCUUAAGCGAAACCGUGCGACUCAUACUCCCUAAUCAAUCCUUCUGCCGAGGCAAGGCCUGGUUGGUAUAGUGCGUGGAUGCGAGCCCCCUCUCAGCUGGACCCACUGUUACGCGACGGCUAACACACCACCACCACAGUGGAGCUGGAGUGAAGUAUCAUCCGACCGACAUGAUCAACGAUCAAUCAACUGCAACUGCCAUAUCUACUCCCUAAUCGAGUUUUGUAGUACACGAAGCGCACCGAACUCUAACCUCAAUCCUGUACCGAACACUUUCGCCAGAGAGCGACCAAUGGUCGUUGAUUUGGUUGUUUUUUUUUAAUAUCUAAAAUGGUCAAUUUUAUGAGACAGUUUUGAAAAGGGGUUCAAUGUUCGUCAAAGCACCGCUGUAACGGUACAGUGUGUGUACCUGUAAUGCCAACCUUUCCGAGUGUCCUCCGGAGGAGGGUUUGUUCCAACAGCCCGCCUAACUAGCUGUGGUAGCAUUUAGUAUGAUUUUACUUCUGAGCCAACAACCUUGGCCUAAACCAAGCAAGAAUUAAGUAUAAUGGAACAGAUUUAUUCAAUAGGAAGCAAACAUUUCGAUACGUCGCGGGUCCCGUUGUGUUGGGCACUGGCUGGCUGGUUCCAGGAAAGGCCCCGACGCCCCCCAGUAGCGAAUGUCGUUGUGACCGGUUCACAAAGCAAAGCACUCCGCUCAUUUACACACAGUAAACAAUAGUUAUAGUCAGCAGCAGCAGUCAGCAAUAGUGUUGGGACUGAUCCAACAGUUUUAAGAGAUUUUUGUACAACAUUCACUAAGCCACAUGCAUUAUUGGGCCGAUCUUCGAACUUUGAUAGAUUGAUAGGGUUCGGGUGUUAGACGAUUCCUACACGUGCGUUACCCUCUACUCAUCGUUACGUCCUCGGAUGGGACGGUAAAUUGUGUAGUAGCAUUUGCCCUGAGCGGCAUCACACAUCUGUAAAGCAGCAUCCAAUAUUUACAUAUUAUUAUGCCAAUCAUUGUUGAAAGAAUGCAAAACACAAAAACAAAACAGAAUUAGCAACGCUUUAGGUGUAUUUUAGAGCAUCAAAAUGGUGUAUCGAUAUAUCAAACUGGAAACGAUGGAGGAAGGGAAACACUAAUUUAAGUACCGGAAGUAAAGGAAUACUAACCAUUCAAAGGCUCUCUUAUAUACACGCACGCAUUCUCUCUCUCUGUAAAAUUUCUAUUACAGCAGAGGAGUAUGAGAUAUCCCACAAAAGAAUCACGCAAGCCAGGAUCAGUUGAGCAGUAGUUUAGCUCUCCCGAAAGCUCUCCAGAUCUGGUGGCCUAGCACCGCUGUUUCCGUAACCUUCACGCUGAAAGAUUGUUCGUCUAUGUUAGCCGUACUUAAACGUAAUUAAUGUGUCAUAUAUUCUCAUGUGUCAAGGUAGAGUCCUGUUUAUGGACGACGAUCAACCCAAAAGGCAAAGCAAAACGAGGGCAAGCAUCGGCAGGCAGUAGUUUGAAAGCUCCCGCACAAAAUAAAGGAAACUCGUGUAAAUAGUUCAAUGCGAGCAUGUUGAGCAAAUUGUAGCAGAAGGUUAGGUCGGGUUGAAAUAAGGUUUGUGUUAGGAAGAUCGGGUCGGCAGAGUUUGAAUGAGAUUUGAUAUAUAUCGAUAAAAAGUUAGGGCAAAUAAUACGAAGCUAGCGCACAGAAACCAUAUAAGAUGUAAGCAGGUAAUCUUCCUGACAUCUUGUGGUUGUUGUAGAAUAGAUGUUUAGUGAACAGUGGGUACAGCGAUGCGUUACAGUAAUACCAUCCGCAUCGGUGCAGCGCAGUGUUGCAACGGGCAGCAGUUCUGUCUAUUGUUAUUGUUGAAGCCGUGUGUGAGUGUAAAAGCUUUCUAUUUAUUUAUUUGCUCGUACUCGUACUUAAGCAAGAAAGUUUCGCUUCCACUCGAAAGCCCCGUCGCCCUCGUCACUUAUCUCCGUUAGUGCAUCGGUUUGCCGGCAUCGUGUAAUUUGGUUUACUAGCAGUUGUAAAGAUACUAUACUAAAAGGAGAUAUAAUAGAGCAUUUAAAUGUCCACGACACGGCAGUCUGUGUGUCAGUGUCCUGAGGCUGAGUAUUAAAGCAAGCAAGCAAGCAAGCAUGCAAACAAACAUACACACAAAGAUCCAGCAGCAGCUGCAGUGCAAAUCAACAACAAUAGUGAAAACGGAACAGAUAAAUACUAGUACUACGCGUGUUAGGUGCUAGUGUAAGUGAUUGUGGUUGAAUCAUCAUUGUAAAUAUCCUUUCCAACAAAGAAGCUACGAGCAGUAGUAGUACUAGGUGGCGAGCUAGAGGCGUGCGCGAAAGGAUGAUACAGUGAGCGCGAGUAACCAUUAUCGAAGUAAAUGAGUGUCGAACCUCGUCGUUAACCGCUCCGCAGGCGAGUGUGUGAGUAGUUCCAAACACGCUAGAGAUAAUAAAUGUGGUACAAUUACCGUA